AUGUUCGCACACGAUUUUAAAAUCAUUUUUGUAACUUUUUUUGCCGUUUUGGGUGCUUCAGCGCGCCCAAAUCUAGAGCAAACUUUCUCACACACUAAAGUUGGGUAUGCUAUACUUAACGAAACCGUGGUACCAGCUCCAGAUGGUUGCUCCGUCACUAAUGUUAGUGAGGUAGCUUCUGCUAUCUCCUCUUGCACCACCAUUAAUGUCGGUUCCUUUGAAGUACCUGUCGCCAACCAGCCUCUGAUUAUGAAUUUACAAGCUGGAACUAUAAUCACAUUUACUGGACAGCUUGUCUUUGCUAAGAACGAAUUUAAAGGCUACUUGAUUGAGAUUAUUGGUAACAACAUAACGGUUGUGGGAACAAACACUCAUCAAUUCCACGGUCAAGGAGAAUUAUAUUGGGAUGGCAAAGGAGGUGCUGGUUCCACCAAGCCAACCUUUAUGUACCUAAAAGGAACUAAGGGUUCAUCAUUUACAGGACUUAAUCUUUUUAAUUGCCCCAUGAGAUGUGUUGCUAUCGAUGGUUCCAAUGAUAUCACCGUUUCUGGUUUCUUAAUUGAUAACCGUGCGGGAGCCCCAGGCACUGCAGCUUCAGGCAAAGAGGGUCACAAUACUGAUGGGUUCGAUGUCGCUAAAACUCAGUUCCUGACUUUAAAAGAUAAUGUAGUUCAUAAUCAAGAUGAUUGCAUCGCCAUCAAUGACGGUGCUCACAUGAUUAUUGACAAUUUAAACUGUAAUGGCAGUCAUGGAUUUGAUAUUGCUACUGGAAUGUCCUCGAAUUCGAGCAGAAAUCAAGUUAAUAAUAUAACUUUCCAAAACUCUCAGUUAGUCGAUGGAAUGUAUGGCCUUCAUAUCCUAACUUGUAAUGACGGCGGUACCGGAUUCGUCAAAGAUAUUCACUACAAAAAUAUAACAUUUAAUGGACCAUCUGAUUAUGGUAUCAUGAUUCAGCAAGACUUUUCAAAUACCGCCCAAGGAUCAACUGGAAAUCCCACAGGAAAUGUACCAGUUUCAAAUGUAACCUACAAAGAUAUAACUGGCGUUAUGAAUGGAAAGUUUUCUAGUUCUCUUAGUCUUCGCUGCGCAACUGAUUCGUGCACUGAUAUAACAUUUGAUAAUGUUAGCAUCACAAAUGGAAGUGCCGCUAAUGAAUGUUGGAACUAUACUAUUAGCGGCUGGUGUUAAAUUAAUAAAAUGCUUUGUAAUUGUAUAA